ACCCGUUUUAUUACCCCUGAUUACACUUGGCAAUCGUUGUUUGUAUUUAAAACAACAACAACAACAAAAAAAAGGACCAGAUGUGAAGGCAAAAGAUUUACGUUGACAAAAAAAAAGUGUAACAACCCAUUUGUUACAUAACGGGGUCAAAAUAUGAAAAACAGCUUUCACGUUAAUGCAGUUGAAUUUAACAACACUUAGCUAUAGCUGCAGUAUUACACAGUUUGCUAAUUAUUAUUAUAGUCUUUGCACGUGGGUAUGAUUUGAUAAUUUUGUGAUAGUGCGAGUGUAAAUUUAAAAAAAACAAAAAAAGUAACUUUUUCCAAAGUUGCAUUUGAAAAAGAAAAAAUUACAUUAUAUUAAAAGGAAAAAAAAUCUGAUAACUGAAAUUGCAAUAAAACUGCCCCAAAAAAAAUCGAUAACUUUUUUCCAAAGUAGCAUUUUUAAAAAAAACAAACAAGAAAUAAAAUUAUGAUAUUAAAAGCAAAAAGAAAAAAAUCUGAUAACAGAAAUUGCAAUAAAACUGCCAAAAAAAAAAACAACUUAAAAAUCGGGAACUUUUUCCAAAAGUUGCAUUUUAAACAAAAAACAAGAAAUAAUAUUAUAUUAAGAGUGAAAAAAAAAUCAGAUGACUGAAAUAUCAAUGAAACUGCUAAAAAAAAAAUAAAAUAAAAUAAUAUACACACAUACAGACCCUUCCGGCUUAGUUUCAUUUAGGCCUGCAUUCCAGAGGUCUAUUUCGCCCUCGUGUGGCGACAAGAGUGUAGUACGACUCACUCACUACCCGGCCGAGUCCUUGCGAGUACUUUUCAAAUAACACCAUUUUGAUAUAUAUAAAAAAAAAAAAAGUUAAACUCGUCACAAAAUCCCAAAGUGAGAUCCACAAAACUAUGCUCGAGCGAUUAUGUUCACUUUGAGUCUUUCUAGUCUCACAAUCUUUUUUUUUUUUUUAAAGUUGAAUCCUUUGUAAUAAUUAAACAGGCAACCUUGGAAGUGUUUUGGCCACGCCCCCUUCCUACCACAUUGACGACUGUCAGCUUGCUUACUUUGCUCAGCGGGUCCCGGUCCAGAUCCAGAUCCACUUCCACACGAGCGCCGACGCGACACCGAGAGGCUGAUCCGAGAUGUGGCUGCUCUGGGCGGGCGUCGCCGCCUCCUCCCUGGCCGCCGCCGCGGCGCUGCGGUACUGCGUGUCCAGACCGCUGCCCUCCGCCAUCGGGCAGCAGUGGAAGCUUUUGCUGCUGGACGCCAUCCUCAAGACUUUCAUAUGCCUGGCACAUGCGAUGGAACGGCUGGGUUUGGGCCACCACGUCAAGAAGACCUUGAGGAAGUCGACGGCCGGGCCGGGCGGGUCGCCCUCGGCGGUCCGCGACGUGGCUUUCGACGGCGUCCCCGUUCGCGUUUACCGGCCUCCGACGGCCGGCGAGGGCGGCCUAAGGAGAGGCCUGCUGUACCUCCACGGAGGAGGUUGGGCCUACGGCAGCGCCAAGGACGGCACGUACGACCGAGUGUGCCGUGAAUUGUCCCGAGAGCUCAACACGGUCGUGGUUUCUGUCGAUUACCGUCUGCACCCCGACGCCCGCUUCCCGACGCCGUACCUGGACUGCCUGACGGCCGCCAAGCGCUUCCUGACCCCGGCGGCGCUGGCCGAGCACGGCGUGGACCCCGAGCGCGUGGCCGUGUCGGGGGACAGCGCGGGCGGCAACCUGGCGGCGGCGCUCGCUCAGGAGAUUGCCAUGGACGAGAGCGUGAGGGUCAAGUUCAGCGUCCAAGCUUUGAUCUACCCGGCGCUUCAGGCUUUGGACUUCAACACGCCGUCCUACCGUCAGAACCGGGACAUGGUCAUCCUCAGCCGUCCCCUCAUGGUCCAGUUCUGGCUGCAGUACCUGGGCGGCGGCCCCUCCCUGAAGCCGCACCUCCUGGCCAACGGGCACACUUCCGACGUCGCGCCGGAGCUGAGGGCUCGCCUGGACUGGACCGCCCUCCUCCCCCCCGAGCACCAGGAGGACUACUUCCCCGUACGCGGCGACGGACCUCGUGUUCAGGGUGUGCCCCGCCUCCUGCCCGCUGACAGCUGGGAUAGGCUCCGGCACUCCCCGCGACCCUUGAAUCCUGGACGAGAUUCCGGCUCUGCUGGACGUGCGCGCGGCGCCCCUCCUGGCGGCGGGCGAGGUUCUGGCCAAGUGCCCACGGGCCUACGUGAUGACGUGCGAGUACGACGUGCUGCGGGACGACGGGCUGAUGUACGCGCGGCGGCUGAGGGACGCCGGCGUGGAGGUGACGAGCGAGCACCGCCGGGACGGCUUCCACGGGUGCUUCGGCUUCACCGCGUGGCCGUUCGCGUUCGACGUCGGGGUGAGGGCCUUCGCCGACUACGUCCGGUGGCUGCGCGAAAACUUGUAGCGACGACAAAGGGCGGUGCAAUGGAUCGAUUAUCCAAUCAAUCGACAAAGAGUUGGGAUAAUCGAUUAAUCGCUCAACGGUAAAAAUUAACUCUCCAUUUUCCAAGCCGCUUAUCCUCACAGAAGUGCUGCGGCAUAUCCCAGCUAACUUCGGGCCAAAAGGCGGACCGCACCCUGAACUGGUCGCCGGUCAGUCGCAGGGCACCUAUCGACACCGUCACUGAGCGGGAAUCGAACCCACGCCGGCCCCGCCGCAUUUGCAAACAUCUUUUAUUUUGGAAAACAAUAAUCAACAGCGGGUUAAUACCACUCAAGGCACCAUUUAUGAGCGCUUAUCCUAACACAUUUACAGUCAUAAUUUCAAAAUCCAUUUUUUUUAAAAUGGGAGUUUCUAAUUUGAGCCUCCGUAUUGACGAUCACUCGAGUCUUAUCAAUUCGUCUUCAGUUUUAGUUCGUUUUGGCAAGCUAAUUGUGCUGUUAGAAGUUAGCGUAGCUUACCUGCAUGAACCAUCUGGAAGUUGUGUGUUUACAUUUUUUUUUUCAUGAUUUAAUAAAAAAAAAAACAAUUUUUAAAAGAUACUUGAAUCCAAAUGUGAAUAUUUUCCGAUUUCAUUGCUCCAGGACGUUCAUAAGUAACCCGCCGCACUCCGGGUUGCCAGGUUUGUACGACAAAAAGUAUUUCGCAGCCUCUUGAAAAGUGACAACAUAUAUAUAUAUAUAACUGGAUGUUGCUUUACAUUUCAAUUCAUAAAAAGAGUUAUUAGAAAUAACUACCGUCGUUAUUUUCGAGGUGAUGUAAAAUCAUUCCUCCAUCCAACAUGGCAGCGGAUUCCUGAUUUGUUAUUGAUUCAAACCGGCGCUUUGCUACCCUCUGCUGGCCGUUUUUGGUCAUGAACUUGACAUCCCCCUUUCCCGGCCCAUUUUCCAAGCCGCUUAUUCUCACAAGGGUCGCCGGUCAGUUGGUUACAUUUUGGACAAAUAAAGUGUUCUCGAAUCACAACUGUCUAUGGUAACUGUUAGCUCGUCAAUGGUGUUUUUCCAUUCCAUGUUGGGAUAAAGCUAGCAGGGGGGCAUUAUUCCGCCAAAGUCAUUUCAAAUACACAAAAGAAUUUAAAAACAAAAAAGGUAAAACAUAGUUACAUUGAAACUGCGCACGAAAUAUCAUUAAAAAAUACAAAAUAGAAAUAAAAAUCGACUUUUUAACCUGGAUUUAAAAACAUUCGCACUUGUGGCUGACGUGAUUUCCGCUGACAAUUUAUUCCAUUUGUGUGCGGCAUAAGCAGCUAAAUGCUGCUUCGCCAUGUUUGCUUUGGACUCGAACCCUAACCCACGGGUGUCAAACUCAAGGCCCGGGGGCCAGAUCUGGCCCACCGCAUGAUUUUAUGGGGCCCGCGAAGGCAAACCAUUGUGCGCUAACCUCCGUGACUCUUGCUCAAAAUCUGGACCAAAAUUUCUAAUUUUACGUAUAAAUAUGAGGUGGUGAAAGGUUUUUGUGGUUUCACAGUCAUACCGGCCCUCUGAGGGAAAACCGUAACAACAAUGUGGCCCGCGACACAAAAAUGAAUUUGACACACCUGCACUAACCUGAGUCAGUCGAUCUCAGAGCCCAUUUGCAUUUCUUUCCUGCAUUCAAGACUUCAACCCUUAGAACUUUAAAAAUCUAUUGUAAAGCGGACCACAAGCCGGAGUCAAGACUUUCGAAUUGGAGUUGUGUGCUCUUACCUCUUUGUUCCGGUCCGAAACUGAGCUGCAGUUGUUUAAUGGGCUUCCUUGGGAAUCCCGUCAGAAGACCAUUACAAUAGUCGAGUCUACUUGAGGUAAAAGCAUUUCAAGUGUGACUUUCAACCGGGAGCGGCAUUAAAUACCUUGAAGCCUCUUCCCCCCCCCA